AUGGCUGCUGAGGUCAGUUCUCUGAUCAGACUUAUCAACGGUAGUGAUUCCAACGAGUCAGCUUUAGCAGGGAAAUCGACGGCCCUGAUCACAAGGGACUUUCUUGGUGGAUGUUCUGCUCUUGACUGUAAAGAGUUGGACCUCGAUUUGCAAGUACCCUCUGGCUGGGAAAAACGUCUCGACCUAAAGUCGGGGAAUGUUUAUCUUGAGAAGUGUAAUUCUUCAAACUUGUCAUCUUCGACUUCAGAAAAUAAUCCUCAAAGUAGCGUUAACAUUGCGAAGCGUCAAGAUCUCAAUUUUCCUCCGGUGCCAUUAAUCCCUUUUGAUGAUGCUGCUGCCUUAGACUUAAAGCUCGUCCUAUCGUCCUCAGCAUCAUCGAUGAAGUCAUCUAAUUACCAGAGCGUGUGCACUCUAGACAAAGUGAAGUCUGCGCUCGAGAGGGUGGGGAAGGAAUCCUCGAGGAAGCGGUCAAUUUCACUCUCGAAAUCAUCACCACCGCAUUCAAAUUCCUCGUCCUCUACAAAAGAUAGUGAGAUUGAUCACGAGAAGUCAUCGGCAUCAUUGGCUGCUGGAUGCCCCAGUUGCUUGCUUUAUGUGUUAAUCUCGAAGAGUAAUCCGUUAUGUCCUCGAUGCAACUGUAUUGUGCCGUUGUCGGUGGCCGUCAAGAAACCUCGAAUCGACCUUAAUAUAUCUGGUUGA